AUGACGAGCUAUGCUGGGUGGCAGAAUAUGUACCUCAGGACGGCACGAUAUUGUAUGUACGGUUCAUUCGAAGCUGAUGUAACCAGACAAUAUUGUAUGUAUGGUUCAUUCAGAGGUAUUCCAGCAAUUGCGACGCAUCUACCAGGGAGGACAGACAAUGAAAUCAAGAAUUUCUGGAACACACAUUUGAAGAAGAAGCUGAUUCAAAUGGGUUUUGAUCCAAUGACUCAUCAACCAAGAGCCGAUAUUUUUGCAAACUUGCCUCAUCUAAUAGCCAUGGCUAACCUUAAGGACCUCAUAAACCAACCCUUGUUGGAAGCUGAUCAAUUGGCCAACCUUCAAUACCUACAACAUCUUCUCCAAUUUGCAGACUCAUCAUCAGUAACUUCAAGCCCAUAUAGCCAAAACAGCAUUACAGAUCACAUUGAUGCUCUCAGUUUAUGGAAUUCAAUUCCUCCAUUGAAGCAAAACCCAGUUCUAAAUUCAAGUUAUUCAACCCAAGUAUUGCAAAAUCAAGCACUAUUUUCCAUUGAAAAUGCAACUUCUUCUCAACCACUCCACCACAACAAUCCCAUCAUCACCUCAUUGAAUAUUCCAGUGUCAGACCCACAAGUCCCUUUCUGUUUCCAAACACCUUUGACUAGUGGUAUUAACACUGCAAUGAUCAGCCAUGAAGAUGAUAAACCACCAAACUCUCCAUGGCUUCUUCCAUCUCCAACUUCUUCAGGCACUCUGCCAAUAAGCGAGGUGUCGAUAAGCAAUCCUGGAGAUGGAUGCAGCGUUUCUAGCUAUGGUGGUGGAGGAGCCUCUUCUUCCUGUUGGACUGAACUGUUUUUUGAGGAACCAUUCAUGCAUGAGAUUUCUUAG